GGGCCGCGAGGGCUCCCGUAGCCGGGCGCGGUGGAGGCGCCACGUCCCGGGAGGUGUCCGGGAAGGAGUCAAUAGGCCUGGGAACUGCUUGGGGUGGCCAUGGCCUUCACGCUGUACUCCCUGCUGCAGGCGGCCCUGCUGUGCGUGAACGCCAUCGCUGUGCUGCACGAGGAGCGCUUCCUCAAGAACAUUGGCUGGGGAACAGACCAGGGAAUUGGCGGAUUCGGAGAGGAGCCAGGAAUUAAAUCUCAACUCAUGAACCUGAUUCGGUCUGUACGAACAGUGAUGAGAGUGCCAUUGAUAAUAGUAAACUCAAUUACUAUUGUAUUGCUUUUGUUAUUUGGCUGAACAUCGUUGGAAAACCAGAGACUCAGAAGAGAUGCCCAGAAGUUACUAUUUCCAUUGUGACUGGAAUAUCCGUGUUUUAGCAGGCUCAUCUUGCAGUUGACAAAAAUGUAAAGUUGACAAUAAAGCCAGUUUCUAUUUACCUGAUUUUUCUCAAUAUUGCACUUGUAGUUUCAGUACAAAGGUCAGCUCAUCGGCAGCAGGAUCGCUCCAGGACUGCACACACUGCUGCGGUUAAAAUGGGCAGAGGUUGUUAAAGGGCUGCUGCCUCUGCCUGUUAGAUACUGCUCUGUCUCACAGCUCAGGGAUGGACUUCGCCCCAAAGUGUUGGGAUCCUUUGUUGUUUAGAUAUGACCUAAGAGUAAUUAACUUCCUAUAUAAACUUAAAGAGUUUUUUAAAGGAACAAUGACAUAUAAUUGACAAAUUAGUAAUUUGGGUAAUUUAUUUUGAUCUCUUUGAUUAAUUAGUUUACACCAUCUCUGCUAUAAAGAAAUGUAUACAUAACUACAUAUCAGACAAUACCCUGAUUUCAGGAAGAAUUACAAUUCUGUAAAUCAGUUGUUUGGUGACUGUGGGUUUGAGUUCUUUUUAAGCUGUUGUUGACCUGAACAGUGAGACCAGAGUAUUUACAUAUUUUCAUUGGUAGAGUCUUCCUUGUUUACAAUGAUGAUUUGUUUGAUAAAAUUAGUAUAACUGUUACUUGGCAAAAUCAGCCCAUACGUUCACAAAGUAAGUGUUUGAGCAGGCUGUUUACCAUGAUGCGCGCCUCCUUCCUUGUCAUAUUUCCAUGUCUUGGUGGAAUAGCAUGGUAAAGGUACGGUUCUUGGUUGCCAUUCUGUCUCAGUAGACCAUUUAUGCUCGAUAACUUUUAUGUUUUGUUUUUGUUUUUAUGUCUUUUGUUAAUGUCUUAGGCCAACCUUGAGAGGGUCUUUGCUCAUCCCAUAAUACUGCAGUACAGUUUUACAUAGGAAGAUUUAAACUGUGUGAAUACUGUAUGAAAUGUUUCAGUUACAGUAUUUCAAAGGGGUGGGAUGGCAUCUUUCUGUAUAGGAAAACUUUCAUAAAUAAAGUUGACUUUCCAACUCA